UUCGGCGACACGAAUUGGACCAACAUGCGCGGAAUCCAACACGUUGUCGUCCUGGUUGCACUAGCCGCCGCAUAUGCUGCAGCCCAGGCAAUCGCCCAAAACGAUGCCUUCGCUCUUGCCGAUGAGGAUCACGAUGGUGUCUUGCAGCGUCGAGAGUUUGUGAAGUGGUCGAACAAAAUCCGUGAUGCAAUCAGCCCCCUCCUAGCCUCGGAUGACAGCGCUGUUGCUCCACCUUUCGUCACGAACGAGCGUGUCAAGUAUGAUCCCACCGAUGAUGUCAACUCCGGUGCGAAGCGUGUAAAGAGCUCAGUGAACAAGUUCUGGUCUGGCUUUAUCAGCGGCAUUGUCACGAUUUGGGCCACAGAAGUCGGGGACAAGACGUUUUUCAUCGCAGCCAUUUUGUCCAUGAAGCACGAUCGUAUUGUUGUAUUUGCCGGCGCUAUCAGUGCGCUCAUUGUGAUGACAGUGCUAUCCGUGGUGCUCGGUGGAGUCGCUGCUCUCUUGCUGCCGCCAUGGAUGACGCACUAUGCUGGCGCAUGUCUGUUUGUGCUGUUCGGCGUGAAAAUGCUAUACGACUCCAGAGAAAUGAACGCCAACGGUCCGUCCGACGAGCUGACCGAAGUCGAGGAAGAGCUCGAGGGAAAGAAGACUGCCGAGGAUGCUGGUGAUGCCGAAAAGGGAAUUGCCCAGCCUGCCGCUGCCCUCGCUGUUCCGACGACCGCUUUUCAAGUGUUCUCGCAAGGGUUCUUGCUCACGUUUCUUGCGGAAUGGGGCGACCGAUCCCAGAUCGCAACGAUCACAUUAUCUGCGUCCAAUGAUGCGUUUGGAGGUAUGGACACAGUGUGACGAGGUCAUUUGAUUAUCUUCUCGCAGUGACUUUGGGAGCCAUCCUUGGCCAUUCCAUGUGCACGGGGCUGGCAGUGGUCGGCGGCAAGUUUUUGGCCUCGCGGAUCUCGGAAAAGACUGUUACGGUCGUUGGUGGAGUCAUGUUUUUGAUCUUUGCCGUCCAUGCCAUGGCCUUCCCCCCGCAAGAAUAGCCCUCGACAGCACUUGAGCGUCUAGUCGACUACAAUUAACACCGCGACGCUCGUGCGUCUGUACCCGUUGGGGCAUCGUUACCAAAUUGCAUCGCCGUGAUGGUCGUCGUGUGGUCUUGUGGGCCGAAACGAGCAUUUCGAAGGAUAUAAUGCUGUUUAGUAAUACUAAACGGCCAGUCUUCCUAG